UGGUGUUGCAUCAUUUUUGGUAGGCUAUAUGAUAUAUUAUAAUCUCUCAUAUUUUGGUGAAGUUUUAAUUAAAUGUAGGUUUGUUUUUUCCUGCUAUAAAAAAAAGAAUAGAUAUGGAAGGGAAGCAACAUGGACGGGGUAACUGCGUACGUGUCAUUCAUGCAGGGGAGGAGUAAAGGACAGUGUGCAGAGAAAGUGGGUGUCACAACUCACAACUCACAUGUCCUAAUUUAGUAAUUACUCUUUCCAUUUUAACACACAUAUAUGUAGUGUCACCUCUGAUACUCGGCGCACUGAAAUUUAAGCAGAUUUACUUGCAUUGGUUUUUAUGUUUUGUGCUAGUUGCACAUUGAUUUUCAAACAAUAGGAUACAGUGCCAUUGAUUUCAUACUAGUAAAAAUCAAGAUUAGUGCAAAAGAACUCAACUAUGGUGGAAAUAUAUGAAGAGUUGAUGGAUCCAUCGAGUGGUGGAGAAACUUCAGAGAGCGAAACAGAAGAACUCAACUAUGCAGAUCUCAAGAAAAGGAUGUGGAAGGAUGAGGUGCGCAUGAAGAAGCUGAAAGCAGUGAAGCACGCUUCAGAGGUCGAGGGAGAUGAGUCAAUCGGGGAUAGCAAAAUGAUGGACGAUGAUGCAGCAACAAGUGUAGUCAGAGAAGAAAAAUCAAGGCGGAAAAAGAUGCUGAGAUCUCAAGAUGCCAUUUUAAAGUACAUGGUGAAACUCAUGGAAGUUUGCAAAGCACAAGGGUUUGUGUACGGCAUCAUCCCUGAGAAAGGGAAGCCUGUAACUGGCUCUUCUGACAGUCUUCGGAAAUGGUGGAGGGAAACUGUCAAAUUUGAGCAAAGUGCACCUCAUUCUUUACAGCAGUUGAUUCCUGUGAUUGCAGAAUGUGCAGCACUCAAUCAUGAGACUUCCACUUCGUUCUUGCAUAUGUUGCAGGAUCUUCAAGAUACAACACUAGGGUCCCUUCUUUCUGCACUUAUGCAGCACUGUAUUCCUGCACAAAGGAGGUUUCCACUUGAAAGAGGUUUACCCCCUCCUUGGUGGCCUACAGGAGAUGAGGUUUGGUGGGGUCAGCAAGGCCCGCUUUCUGUGGAGCAGGGCCCACCACCUUAUAGGAAGCCUCAUGACCUUAAAAAGGCUUGGAAGGUCAGUGUUUUAUCUGCAGUUAUCAAACACAUGUCUACUGACUUCAACCGCAUGACCCGAUUGGUUAAGAAGUCUAAGUGCCUUCAGGCUAAGAUGACUGCUAAGGAUACCGCUACCUGGUCUAAGGUCGUUGAUCGAGAAGAAGCUCUUCUGCAACUCACCAAUCGUUGUCUCCGCAUAACCGAUGAAGGUGGUGAUGCUGAUGUUGAUGGUGAUGAAGAUGGUGAUGAGGGUAUGGCUCAAAGUUGUAAACUUGACCAAAACAAGAGGAAGGCUGGUGUUUUCAAUUACCAGGAAACAGAAAUGGACAAGUACAGUAAGAGGGAUCAUGAGUUGCCAUGUGAUAUGAGUCCAGGAUUUGUAUCUGCAUAUUCACUUCUAGCCGCAAAUUACGAUAAUUGCCACAACUUAGCAGUGGAACUUCAGAUACCUGAUUCGAGUCAUGAUUCGACAACUCUACCUCCUUCUCCUUGGAGUUGGGAUGGCCAUGUUCAACCAUCUGAAGAAGAAGCAGAAGUUAUGAGCAAUACUGAUGAUAUUACAACAAUGCAGGUGACAGGUGAACAUCAUCAGACUUACAUGCAGUGUCAUAGACUAAAUCAAACAGAGUAUUGGGAGUUCGAUCAUGUUCCACAACUGGGUUUGGACACGCCCUAUCGAUUUCAUGAUCACGAACAAGACAUGAACGAACAAGCAGCAGAAACUUCUAUUUGGGAUCUACCAUAUCAAGAACCAAAUGAUGACAUAGACUGAAGAUCAAGUUGCUGUUUCUCAGUCUACAAGAGUUAUCAAUCCUCUUACAUAUUUGGGAUCGGUAAUUAAGUUGACACUUAUUAGUUCAAAUUAGUUAGAUAUUUUUAUUAUUGUUGCCCGUCUCCCCUAUUUGACUGUGGUUUGUUUUUGUGUUUUUCCAAUCAAAUACUUGAAUACACAGGCAGUACCUCUACCUCUACCCCUUUUUAUGUUUGGAAGAUCUGAAAUAAACUGUGUUAUGUUUGGAAGAAAAUGUUGAAUAACUGUGAAGACAGAUUAUUAUGUUCAUCUUAUAGAGUACAAUAUGUACAAUCAACAUAAUACAAAUACAUGUAUUGAUUUUGAA